AUGGGGAGUGGAGGCAUUGAAAAUCGAGUCGAUUUUGUUAUUGUGAGAAGAAUCAUGUCUGCAAGAUUUACACACAAAGAAGACAACGCGUUACUGCUUUAUGUCUUGAGACACUCAGAAGACCUCAAAGAUGAAGUAUUCGAGUCCGCAACAGAAGAUGAAAAACUGACUGGGAGAACAGGAAAAAGUCUCAAAAAGAGGCGAGUUUAUUGA